UGGCGGAGUCGCCAUUCCGCCGUGGAAGGUGAGGGCGCUCCUUCCAGUCCACCGAUGCUUCUUCACAGACGGCCUGACCCCCCCAUCGACAAGCCACUUCCUCUUUUUUCUGAUUUCAUGGCGAUCGGGAGAGAGGGAACACCACCGACGCACGCACACUGUCUCAGCACUCCUGAAAGAGUUUAAUCGGGUGUAAACUGAAUUGCCAGACUGGUUGGCACAAAGGCACAAACGGAAUUGCUCUGCUGGUGUAAUUGAGUGGGUGAUAUCAAAGGGGCUUCUUAGCACUUGGACAUCUUUUCUCCUGUGUCCCAGGUUCAGACUGCUUAGUCUAUGGCUCUGAUGGACAAACACAAACAAGUCAAGCGGCAGAGACUGGACCGCAUCUGUGAGGGUAUUCGCCCCCCCAUCCUGAACGGGCCGAUGCACCCGCGGCCCCUCGUGGCCCUGCUGGACGGGCGUGACUGCACUGUGGAGAUGCCCAUCCUCAAAGACGUGGCAACAGUGGCCUUCUGUGAUGCCCAGUCCACACAAGAGAUUCAUGAAAAGGUUCUGAAUGAGGCAGUAGGUGCCCUGCUCUACCACACCAUUACUCUGUCCAGAGAUGACCUGGACAAGUUCAAAGGCCUGCGUGUCAUAGUCAGGAUCGGCUCCGGCUUCGACAACGUUGACAUCAAAGCAGCUGCUGAGCUGGGCAUUGCAGUCUGUAAUGUGCCGGCGUCCUCAGUUGAGGAGACAGCUGACACUUCGCUGUGUCUGAUCCUGAACCUGUACAGGCGGGUUACCUGGAUGCACCAGGCCCUCCGGGAGGGAACCCGUGCUUCCAGUGUGGAGCAGAUCAGGGAGGUAGCUGGCGGUGCUGCCCGCAUCCGGGGGGAAACAUUGGGCAUCAUCGGCUUGGGUCGUGUUGGCCAGGCAGUGGCUCUACGGGCCAAGGCUUUUGGUUUUGGUGUGAUCUUCUAUGACCCUUACCUGCCGGACGGUGUAGAGCGUUCACUGGGCCUGCAGCGCAUGGCAACCCUGCAGGACCUGCUCAUCCACUCUGACUGUGUCUCCCUGCACUGCAGCCUCAAUGAGCACAACCACCACCUCAUUAACGAUUUCACCAUAAAACAGAUGCGUCAAGGGGCCUUUCUGGUGAACACAUCAAGAGGGGGUCUGGUGGAUGAGAAAGCAUUGGCUCAGGCCCUGAAGGAGGGCCGGAUACGAGGGGCUGCCCUGGACGUCCAUGAGACAGAGCCUUUCAGUUUUUCAACAGGCCCUCUGAAGGAUGCCCCCAACUUGAUCUGUACCCCGCACACAUCUUGGUACAGUGAGCAGGCAUCUGUCGAGGCUCGUGAGGAGGCGGCCAGGGAGGUGCGCCGCGCCAUCACCGGGCGCAUCCCUGACAGUCUGAAGAACUGUGUGAAUAAAGAGUACCUGAUGGCAGCCUCUCAGUGGCCCAGCAUGGAGGCAGCCACUGUUCACCCAGAACUCAAUGGAGCUGCUUACAGAUUUCCUGGUCUGAUCAGCGUCGCAGCAGCAGGGGGCCUCCAAAGUGCUGGCGCAGGGGUUGAGGGCCUGGUGUCAGGCUCCCUGGCACACGGCAUUGCCCCUGUCUCCCACCCCCCUCAUGCCCCCUCCCCGGGGCAGCCCACCAAGGCCGAGGCUGACAGAGACAUCCCCUCCGACCAAUAGCCCCCGCCGCCGCCAACACAUUCCGUCACCCCUGGAAACCAGCCCACACCCCUUCCCACACACCACCUCCGUGCAUCAUACACAGUCCUACCCCUCCUGUACAUUGACAUUGGCAGCAACCGUUUGACCUGAUGUGGAUCGAUACAGUCCAGUCUCUCAGAUCACACAACCAGCCCAGGAGUGACAUAUCCACAGCACCCUGACACCCCCCCCUCCCCCAGUCCAUGCCCCCAGUACUGCCACACACCCCAGAACACAUCAGUCCCUCCAGUUUUCCUCAUGCUCAGCCACCCUCUCCCACCCUAUUAGCCCCCAUACCCUUCAGUCCAUCUCCUCUUCAGCCCCACCCACCCCCACCCCACAAUGUCAGCAAUAACUCUCUUCUCAAGGAUUCAAUAAUUGGAUUGGUUUCUAUCCUUAGUUGGCUAUUUUUGUUUUGAUGAAAAGCUGAUCUGUUAUUCUUCUAGGUGUUUUUUUUUUGUUUGUUUUUGUUUGUUUGUAAAAAUAGCAUUUCUGAUGUGAGGCUUUGCACUAAGCCUCCUCCUGCCGUCCUGCUUUGACUCUGAAUAGUAGAGGCACAGAGGCAGGAAGGUUGAAGCCCCCCUAUGUACAUUAAUGGCUGAUGUUACUGCUUUCUUCUUCUUUGCUUCUUCUUUGCUCCCCCCUCACCUCCACUUUUCUCAAGGUGGGGGAAAAAUGUGUACUAAAGUUAACAAGACAGAAUCACAGACAUCCCCGUGCUCUCCCUUGACUUUGGUCUGCUUGCCCCAGCAUAGAGAUCCAUAAUGCUGUCAGUGUGGAGCUCCCUCAGCCCAUCAAAGCAUGUUGCAUCUCCUCAGCUCGUUCUUCUUCACCAUAGUGAGUCUUGUCUCUCCCCACCCGGAGGUGACGGCUGCUUUGGUGUUUCGUUUUGAUGGAGUGAUACGUGAGAUCCUCCCUCCGCUCCCCUUUGCUCUGACCUUCUAGUCAUGGGCCAGCCAUCUAUGAUGUGUUAUUUACAUGUGCUGUGGCCCACAGGGGGUUGUUUUGUCAUUAACAUGUCCUUAAAGAAUCUCUUAGAAAGGUGUCAUAUCAGAGAGGAUCUAGGUUUGGUGUGUGGGUGUGGGGGUGGGUGGGGGUGUGUGUGUGUGUGUGUGGGUGGGUGUGCGUGCGAGAGAAAGGUGUCUUACACAGAGCACCCACACAUGGAACCAAACUCAGCAGCUUUUCUAUGUGGAAAAACAUGGUGCACACUAGGGGCCUUGCCACCAGAGGGCACUGUCUUAAAUGCUUAGAGCUGAGAGAGCUGCAGCAAUGUUCAACAAGCAAUACCCUGUUCAGACAAUGGAUCAUUUCACUGAAACCGAUAACAUGGAUUUAAGGUUAAUAGACGGUGAUGAAGAACAUAAUUUUUGCCUCCCUGACAUGAUCACACACACUGCCGACUUUCAAAAUAAAAGAAAAAGAAAAAAAAGAGGAUGGGUGACCAGGGAUCGACUACCGCCUUAUAGUUUUAGAUCUCAGUUUUUUUUGUUUUUUGUUUUUUUUUUAUUCACUCCACCCCGCCGCCCUUAUCCCACUGUCAUAGCCGACCCUCCACAUCUGCUCAGUGAACCAGUAUGCAUCCACCAAUCCCUUUAAGCGUGAGGUGUUUAGAUUCCCUGUGUGAGCAAGGGGACAGUGUUCUUGCAUGCUGGCUUUGUUAAUGACAGUGGUGCUUGUGUGUGUGUGUGCGUGUGUUAGCGAGAGAGAGAUUGCGUGAGUGUGUGCAUGUGUGUAUGUUCCCUCACCCUGUUGUUAUAACAAGCUGUUGUCUUUCCAAAGGAAUAGUCCCUAGGAGUAACUCUUAACGCCGUUGCCCUGGUGUCAAGGGAACACCUUUCUAGUACCUCAGUAACAGAUAUUGAAUGUACCGUGCAUACCCUUUUCUUUUUUGUACAGAUUUUCUAGAUACUUCUUUGCUAUACUUUACCAGAAGGGUUGUGAAAUUGUAGCAUCGAUGAUACAACAACAACAACAAAAAAAAGCCCCAUAAACUGAUUUGACGAGAUCUUUGUAGAUUUGCUGUAGGUCACUUGAAAUACUCAGGCUACAAAACCAGUGUGUGUAUCUCUGCCUUUACCUGUUUUUUUUUUUUCCUCAUUGUGGAGAAAUGAGCACAACGCUUUCCCCUCGAUAAGGAAUUUUGACGCCAGACUCGAGUUUAUCUUUACAUAUUUCAACCUCCAUCUUAGUGGCUUAUGAAAACGAGGAAAAACGAAAGGCGGUCGUCGUGGUCUGCUAGUUUUCUUUACUAGAACUGUAGCGGUAGAUGCUGUUUCAUUUCAUUGUUGUUGUUUUUUUUUUUAUAUAUCUCCCCCCGAUGUCAUGCUGCUUUAUCUAUAGUGCAUGUGAGGUAAUUUUUAGGGAAAAUGCUAUUGGCUUAAAGAAUUUGUGUCAUCUUGUUCUCCCUCUGCGCCCCAGCCUCUUCCUCCCCCCCUACAGUGUUUAAACCCAAGUUGCCAUUUUAUUGUGGUCAGUUUCCAGUGAUGUACAGUCCCCCCCUCCCCCUCCUCCUCGAGUCUAUGAACGACACGGAGCGUGUCUGUGUCCAGAGAUGUUAGGCUCCUCUGUCAUGUGAUGAGUAUAUAUUUUUAAAAUAACCCCCAUAGUUUGGAUUAUGAGCUUAAUAGGAAAUCUUAAAUUUGCUGUUGAUGACUAUGAUAUAUAUAUUUUUUUUUUCUCAGUUCAGCGGUGCACUGUUAUAAAAAUCCAUUCUGUUUUAUUGUAGAUUUUCAUUUUUAUGGAUUUGCUCUCUCUGUGUUCUACAUGUUGUACUGAAACAUUUCAGAGAAAAUAAGAGUUCCUUCUCCCUGUGAAACGUGAACUUUUUGUUUGUUUGUUUUUUGAUUAUUAUUAUUAAUAUUAUUUUUUAUCUCCCUCUUUCAGUCUUAGCCUAGCUGCCCUAUCCAGCCGCUAUCCUCUGGGCCUUAUCUCUCCCUGUAAAAGUAGCUGUUAUAGAAAGUCGCCAUGGAACCACUCACUGCCUUAAUACAGUUGACCACAGCAGGUGAGGUCAGGAGACGCGCACAGUCAAAUGGAGCGUCAGGAUCAAGUCCCCCCCACACACCCCCGCCCGCCCCCUGCAAAGCACCUCACACCCCACCAGGCCUAUCUAUGGAAGGGAAUCAGGAGCAGCUCCUUUCGUUCCCUUUUCAGCGACUAGUCACGUUUAGCAUCAUCGUGUAGACAGUUGACUUUUUUUUAUUAUUAUUUUUAGUUCAAAAACACACAAAUCCAGUGUAAAUUCUUACUGUGCAGGAAGGAGUUUUUGUGUUUUUAAUAGUUCAAGUCAGCCCAGCAGUGUGUGUGCGUGUGUGUGUGUGUGUGUAUGUGUUUGUUUGUGUGUGUGUGUGUGUAUGUAUGUGUGCAUGUAGGAUAAAAGAUAAGCACAGUGCUGGGUUAUAAGCUCACAAAGCCACAGCUGAUAUUUCACUCUGGGGUGUGAGAAUGCCCUCCUACCCCUCCCCACCACACAUACACACACACACCCCACUUCAGGGCUCUGAAAACUCCUUUGACGGUGCAGCCAGAGUCCCAGUGGGGAUGGAUUGGGGGGUGGGGGUGGGGCACAGGGGACACUGGUGUGGUCUGUCAAAAAGCGGAAAAUUAUGGUCAGAAUUGGUCACUUUUUCUCUCUCAGGGUUCAAAUGCACACAUAUCCUCCGGCAGUCGCCCUCUAUCUCUAUCCCUCGUCCGGUUUUCCACCCCCCGAAUGUAGAAACGGCCUCCUGCGUUUUAGACCCGCUCUCCCCUCGUUCCCUUUGUGCACAGGUCUGAACUUUUGUUUUUUGGUUCGUUUUUGUUUCUUUUCUUUUCUUUUGGCACUGACAUCUAACCAUCUAACAAGGAAUGAAUGAAUGAAUGUCUGAAGGUGACUGUAUGUAAUGUUAAAAUUGGGAAAUGUAUUUUUACAACAUGUGAACAUGUUUUUUUUCCACUCACUCUCAUUGUGAAUUAAUUGAUUUUUGUUUUUCUUUCACCAGACUGCAAAAACCACAAAAAAAGAAAAAAAAAUCUCCUGUAACUAGGCUCUUAAGCUUUAUUUUUGUUUUGUUUACUUUUUUAUUAGAAACAAUCAUGUUUGUGAUGGUAACUUCCGAUGGUAAACUCCACACCGUAUUUUAAUAAAAUCUUAAAAAAUA